AGCGACUCUGAUGUCGUGGCGCUUUAGGGGAAGAAGUUGCUGUUUCGCCGGGCCCCGGUACUGAGGACGCAGUCCGGGUGACCCCUGGCGUCUUCCCACCCCUCCGCCCGCCUUUUCCCCCGCUCCUCUGGCAGGAUGAGGCGUGCAGGCCUGGGUGAAGGAGUACCUCCUGGCAACUAUGGGAACUAUGGCUAUCCUAAUAGUGGGUAUAGUGCCUGUGAAGAAGAAAAUGAGAGACUCACGGAAAGUCUGAGAAACAAAGUAACUGCUAUAAAAUCUGUAACCUCAGCUCCCACCCCCGCCCACUCCGGCGGGGGUGCAGACAAGCCUCUCGGGCUGGAUUCACAGUUUGAUUCUACAACUGGAUUUCUAGGUAAAACCAUGGGAAAACUGAAGAUUUUAUCCAGAGGGAGCCAAACAAAGCUGCUGUGCUAUAUGAUGCUGUUUUCAUUGUUUGUCUUUUUUGUCAUUUAUUGGAUUAUUAAACUGAGGUGAUGCAAGUCACUGAGUUUGGAAUUUGUUCCAACUUAACGGCUUGGAGUACCACUUCAGUAAAAAAAUCAGCAUCAAAACAUUCCUAAAUUUCAAAUAACACUAUGGCAUUUUCCAUCGAACAUUACUGAAUUUUACUUGUUUUAUAAAUCACAUUAGAUAAUACAGUGCUCUUUGAAUACUGUUUCUUAAUGAUUCAUUUUUUGCCCCUAUUUUCAGGGGUAUUGAGAUGGUCCGAGGUCAGCCUGGCCCUAAUAAGUUUUUUUCCUGUUUUUUGCUGUCAGGUUAAAUAGCAGUAUAAUAUCCUGUUGUUACCAUAAAUGUAGGUUUAUGUUCCACAUAAAGAAACUUAGUGGAAAAUAACAAUGCCUGGAGAGCCUUGUGCUGAGCUUUUGAGGUGGUGAGAAAGUUUGUGAUGGAUGGUAAAUGCAUUUUCCUGAACUGUCACCACCCCUGAUGACGUACUCUCCUUUUCUCCUUUAUUUGGUUAAAAUUGUAGGCUGAUUUCUUUUUACCUACAGGUUUCCUAAUAAUUUUUGAUGAUAUGACUCUUCUUCUGCUUCUGCCCAAGGACCUCAUUCUUUAAUAAAACUUGUUAUUUUGGCAUAUUUCUAGUAAGGUUCAAAACAAAUGUGUACCCGUAUAGUUGUCAUUUUCUAUUAACUUUAUAUAUAUACCAUUGACUUGGCUUAUAAUAGUUUUAUGAUUUUAGCUACUUAGGCCAUUUGGUUAUCACUUAUGACAGAAUAAUGUGAAGCUAAAGUAAUUGCUAAGCUCUGAAUGGAAAUAAAAUGUUCAAGAAAAGUAAUUGCCUCUGCUUUAUUAUGUGCUCAGAAUAAAUAUUGGAAAUACUCAGGCAUUGACCUUGCAGUUAAGGGCACUGUUACUUUAAUCCAGUGUAUUUGUCUAUAGGAAACAAAAUACAAAAGUGGACUGUUGAAUAGAAAGAGAUAUUAAAAUGUGAAAUACUCCGUAUUGCUACUAUUUUGGAAUUUGCCCAUUUAUGGGCUCCAAAAAUAAAAUUUUUAAUGAAAUA